AUGGGCUUGGUCAACCAGCGAAAUUUCAACUUCUUCCAGUUUAACAAUAUAGUCAAUCGAUAUCAACAAAUUAGUCCAUCGAAAAGAUUACCACUUGUGAUCCUGCACAAGAGGCGUGUACAUGGAGGUCCAGCUACUUACCGUAACAGAGGCUUGUAUUGGCUUUACACUGCUGUAAGUUGCAAGUGUUUAUCUGUGUUGAGAGAGAAUGAAUUGAAACUGCAUAUGCUACCUCCAUACUCCGUUGUUAAUAGGAGUCUGAAGAUGGAACAUGGAACAUGGCACGUCCCCAUGAGUGUAGAAGAUGAUGCAUCUCAUAAGAAGUUUUGUGUUGGUUUUCCUUGA